ACGUAGCAGAAAUGGGCCGCCAAUAAACAUACAUAUCGAGCGAGAUAGUAUCUUUUUAAGAUAGAGCUAGGGUUUGGUAAUUUGCCCCCAUUUGUUUGUUUGCAGGCGGAGGCGCGUUUUCUCAGCACAACUCAAGAUGCCGUCGCACAAGACUUUCAUGAUAAAGAAGAAGCUGGCGAAGAAGAUGAGGCAGAACCGUCCCAUUCCUCACUGGAUCCGUAUGCGCACUGACAACACCAUCAGGUACAAUGCCAAGCGCAGGCACUGGAGAAGAACCAAGCUAGGGUUUUAGAGAGGAUGUUUCUGCUGCUUCUUUAUGGAGGAGUAUUUGCAUCUGCUAGCUGGUGUAUUUUUAAUUUACUUUGCAUUUCUGCUUAAUUUUGGGAUUUUAAUAGCGAAUUGACUCGGUGUUUUGGUUCCUUUUUGUUUGUCGGAACUAAGGUUUAGUUAUUCUUGUUGCGAACAAAUAUGAUGAUUAAUAUUCAGUAUUUCAGACCUAAA